UCUCUGUUUUUUUUUCAAGUUUAUCGCCUUUGAAGGAAGAAAAGAGCAGAAGGCAUGGCUGAACCUGCAUUGUCUCGUGUUCACAGUGUUCGGGAGCGCUUAGUUGAUAACCUCUCUGCUCAUAGGAACGAAUUGGUGGCUCUUUUCUCAAGGUUUGUGAACCAAGGAAAGGGAAUGCUGCAGCCCCAUCAGUUGCUUACUGAGUAUGAAACUGUAAUUUCUGAAGCUGAUAGAAAGGCAUUGAAGGAUGGGAUCUUUGAAGAUGUUCUUAAAGCUGCACAGGAAGCCAUUGUUAUACCCCCUUGGGUUGCUCUGGCUAUUCGCCCCAGGCCCGGAGUUUGGGAAUAUGUCAGAGUGAAUGUGAAUGAAUUGGCUGUUGAGGACUUGACUGUGCCUGAAUACUUAGAAUUUAAGGAGAAGCUUGUGGAUGAUCAUACUGAAAGCAACUUCACUCUUGAGUUGGAUUUUGAACCCUUCAAUGCCUCUUUCCCUCGUCCAUCCUUGUCGAAAUCCAUUGGUAAUGGUGUGCAAUUCCUUAACCGUCACCUCUCAUCCAAGCUCUUCCAUGACAAAGAAAGCAUGUACCCAUUGCUUAAUUUCCUUCGUGCACAUAACUAUAAGGGCAUGUCUAUGAUGCUGAAUGAUAGAAUUCAGAGUCUGAGUGCUCUCCAAGCCUCACUAAGGAAAGCAGAGCAAUACCUGUUGACCAUCCCAAAUGACACACCAUACUCAGAGUUCACUCACAGGUUUCAAGAGCUUGGUUUGGAGAAGGGUUGGGGUGACAACGCCCAGCGAGUGCAUGAGAAUAUCCAUCUGCUCCUAGACCUUCUUGAGGCUCCUGAUCCGUGCACCUUGGAGAAGUUCCUCAGCACUGUCCCUAUGAUGUUCAAUGUUGUUAUCCUUUCUCCUCAUGGCUACUUUGCCCAAGCUAAUGUAUUGGGAUAUCCCGAUACCGGUGGCCAGGUUGUGUACAUUUUGGAUCAAGUUCGUGCUUUGGAGAAUGAGAUGCUUCUUAGAAUUAAGCAGCAAGGCCUUGAUAUCACUCCUCGAAUUCUCAUCGUAACCAGAUUGCUGCCAGAUGCCGUCGGUACUACCUGCGGUCAGCAUCUUGAGAAGGUACUUGGAACAGAAUACACUCACAUUCUUCGUGUUCCCUUUAGAACAGAGAAGGGAAUCGUCCGUAAAUGGAUCUCUCGCUUUGAAGUAUGGCCUUACCUAGAGACAUACACCGAAGAUGUUGCCAAUGAGUUGGCCAGAGAAUUGCAGGCGACUCCUGAUUUGAUCAUCGGAAACUAUAGUGAUGGCAAUCUAGUAGCAUCUUUGCUAGCUCACAAAUUAGGCGUUACUCAGUGUACCAUUGCUCAUGCUUUAGAGAAAACAAAGUACCCGAAUUCAGAUAUAUACUGGAAGAAGUUCGAAGAGCAGUACCAUUUCUCUUGCCAAUUCACAGCUGAUUUGAUUGCGAUGAACCAUGCCGACUUCAUCAUCACCAGUACAUUCCAAGAGAUUGCCGGAAGCAAAGAUACAGUGGGGCAAUACGAGUCACACACCGCCUUCACUCUGCCUGGGCUAUACCGUGUGGUUCAUGGCAUCGAUGUCUUUGAUACAAAGUUCAACAUUGUGUCUCCUGGUGCUGAUAUGUCCAUCUACUUCCCCUAUACUGAACAGAACAACAGGCUCACAGCUCUCCACCCUGAGAUUGAGGAACUGCUUUACAGUCCAGUAGAGAACUCACUGCACAAGUUUGUGUUGAAGGACCGAAGCAAGCCCAUCAUAUUCUCCAUGGCAAGACUUGACAGAGUGAAGAACAUUACUGGUUUGGUUGAGUUCUAUGGCAAGAAUGCACGGUUGAGGGAACUAGUCAACCUUGUGGUUGUUGCUGGAGACCAUGGCAAAGAAUCAAAGGAUCUCGAAGAACAGGCAGAGAUGAAGAAAAUGUAUGACUUAAUCGCGGAACACAAACUGGAUGGCCACAUUCGCUGGAUCUCUGCACAAAUGAACCGUGUCAGGAAUGGUGAGCUCUACCGAUACAUUUGUGAUACCAGGGGUGCUUUUGUUCAGCCUGCAUUCUAUGAAGCUUUCGGACUCACUGUUGUCGAAUCUAUGACUUGUGGCCUACCAACAUUUGCAACGGCGCAUGGAGGUCCUGGAGAGAUCAUCAUCGAUGGUGUUUCUGGAUUCCAUAUUGAUCCAUAUCAUGGCGACAAAGCUGCGGAUAUUCUUGUGAGCUUCUUUGAGAAGUGCAAGCAAGAUCCAACUUACUGGGAGAAGAUCUCUCAAGGAGGAUUGAAAAGAAUCCAUGAGAAGUACACUUGGAAGCUUUACUCUGAGAGGUUGAUGACCCUGACCGGAGUUUAUGGGUUCUGGAAGUAUGUCUCCAACUUGGACCGCCGUGAAACUCGUCGUUAUCUUGAGAUGUUCUAUGCUCUCAAGUACCGCAAUUUGGCAAAAUCAGUUCCUCUGGCAGUUGAUGGAGAAGUCAUGACCAAUGGCAAUGCUUAGUUUUGCAAUGGAGGGAAUUCAUUUGUGUUUUGAGAGUUUCAGAAGUAGUUUCAUUCUCUUGAGUGUGAUUGUGCUUUUGCUUUCUUGCAAAUGUUGUCUGAAAUUUGAAUGUUCCCUUUGUUUCUUGCAAUAAAAGGCUCCAAUGCCAAUUUAAUGAAAUCUCUGUGUUUUCAAUGAA